UCCAUUUAGACUUUUUCCACAGUUGCACCGCUCUCUUCGUUUCAUCCCAUCCCAUUUCAUCUCAACCAACAUGCAUUAUUUCCAUUUCCAUUUCCAUAUACACAAAUAGAACAAAACACAUUAAUUCACAGGGAACCUCUCAUCAAACACCUUGCAACAACAAAUGGAGAAUUUCGACGUCAGCGAAGAGAUCCCGUCAACAACAAGUCCCUUCGAGGAUGAUGAUCACAACAACUACGACCACCAUUCCCAGCAGCGUUACGAAUUCGACGUUAAUGACGGCGGUGUUCCUCCUCCACCAAUGCCGUCUGAUAUAGACGAUUUCUCCUACAAUGAUAACAUGCAGGAGCUGGAGAAUAAUAAUAGUGGAUUUGCUUCAUCAUCUCCUAAUAAUAGGCAGUAUCAUGGUGGUUCACCUUUUGAGACAUCGGAGGAUCAAUCCAAGCCGUACGAUCUACGAGCUGAUACGGAUGGGAUAUUCUCGUCCGGUAAUGAUGGACCGUUGCUUCCUGAUCCUACUGAGAUGCGUGAGGAAGGUGCUGCUUUUCGCGAAUGGCGUCG